GCGCUAACGUCACUUCGGCCGGAGGAGAAAGUUUCCUCGACGGACGAUGCGGCUAAGCCGUCUCAGGGCAGCCGCUGCGCCUCUGCUGGCGCUGCUGCUGGGUCAAGCCGUGACCCUGAACAUAACGUCUCUGCUUCCCUCGGAGGAUUGCGGGACAAGGCCUCUGAUGGGAGAGAUGACAGUAUGGAAUCGGAUUGUGGGUGGACGUGAUGCUGAGCCAGGGGCAUGGCCAUGGCAAGUUAGUCUUCAGGUUUACCGCUUUGGUACAGGAUAUCACCAUGUAUGUGGUGGAUCCGUGAUUAAUAACUACUCAGUGCUGACAGCAGCACACUGCAUUAAAAAAUGGACGGAUCCAGCAUUUUGGAGGGUUGUAUUUGGCUUGCACCAUCUUUAUAACUAUGAAUCUUCUACCGUAAAGCGCCAUGUCAGAGCUAUCGUGAUGCAUUCUGGUUUCAAGAGAAGCACGUACGAAAAUGAUGUUGCCUUGUUUAAACUAAAAAGGCCUAUCAGCUACAGUGAUUAUAUUCAGCCUAUCUGCUUACCUAACAGCACUACUCAACUAGUGGCAGAUGAAAACCCAUGUUUCAUAAGUGGAUGGGGAAACACAGAGGAGAAGGGUACAGGAAAAUUUAUAUUACAAGAAGCUCAAGUUGACGUUAUUCCACUAUAUAUCUGCAAUAGAUAUGACUGGUAUGCAGGCGUAGUAUCGUGGAAUAUGCUUUGUGCUGGUUCUGAAACUGGACAUGUGGAUAGCUGCCAGGGGGACAGUGGAGGACCUCUGAUGUGUUACUUUCCAGAUUACACCAAGUUUUAUCUGAUAGGAAUCACCAGUUUUGGUAUUGGCUGUGGUCGACCCAAACUUCCUGGAGGGCGCAACAACGGAAUGUCUAGGCGCGCUUUUUUAAUCACAAGAAUACAAAUUAACCUGAAUGCCCUAGGCUCCAAGAACGCAGCCUUUUGGAGGGCUGUCAUCGCCGUGCAUCAUCUUCAUGCACACAACUAUUAUACUCGAAAGCGCCGGGUCAGUACAAUCACGGUCCAUUCUGAUUAUGAUUCAGAAAGCUAUGAAAAUGAUAUUGCCUUGUUUACGCUAAUAAAACAUGUAAAAUAUAAUAAUUAUAUUCAGCCCGUCUGCAUACCUGAAAAUGAUACUAUUGACAUGUACCCAUGUUACAUAGCUGGCUGGGGAAACACAAAGGAGAAAGGUGUUGGCAAAUUAAUAUUACAAGAAGCUCAGGUAGACGUUUUUCCGCUGAGAUUAUGCAAUAGAUAUGACUCGUAUGCAGGGAGAUUAACAGAAAACAUGGUUUGUGCUGGCUCUCUGACUGGACGUGUUGAUAGCUGCCAGGGAGACAGCGGUGGACCUUUGAUGUGUUAUUUUCGAAAUGUUAGCAGGUAUUAUCUGAUAGGAAUCACCAGUUUUGGGCUUGGUUGUGGCCGACCAAGAUAUCCAGGAAUCUAUGCUCGUACAGUUAAUUACAAAAAUUGGAUAGAUGCGCAUUUAAUUGCUAAGACCACCAAUGUGAGCAUUCGAUGGGUUCCAGUCUAUUGGAUUGUUGCAUGGACAGUCUUAUAUAUUCUAUGAAGAGGCAAACUCUCUCUCCAUUGUACUAGAGUGAACUUGGAUUGCAAAAUUGGAAGCAAAAUUCUUCACUUUUAUCAACAAAUUUACCGUAUUCCCCCUUAUAAAUUAAAUAUACGUAUAUAUCAGAUGUUAUUUAAAAUAUAUGUGUUUAAUGGUCUGUAAAUCACAUUAUGAAAUCAUACUCUUCAAAAUAAAACAUGAAAAUUAACAGUUGAAGAAAUAAGAACUGAAUAUGAUCAUUCAGUACACAAUAAAAAUGUUAGAAGAAUUUUC